UAGAUCAGCAGCACCUAGUCUCACUGUGAUGUCGUCUUCUUCUUUCGUUCAAACUAAACACCAUAACAGUUUCAAUAUGCAGCAAAUGAUUCGUGAAGAGGUGGAGGGGAUGGCUCGACCCAAACGUUUUUUUAGCUCAUCAUGUAGAACUCGGUUGUCAACUCCAUCGGAACUCACCGUGGGGAAUCCGACAUGCAACAAGUGUUCAGCUCUUGUUUUAGAUAUUAAUUUUUGUGGACUUUGGGGAUGCUCCACUGCCCUUAUACCAACCAGAGUAGCCCAGGCCCUGAAACUCAACUUUGAUGAAAUGGGUGUUGUAUCACCAUCACUGGGUGGCCGUUUCUCUUUGCAACAUGAUGCGCCACCAGGGCGAAGGAACAGCCUGUAUCCACCGCAGAAGCAGCACUGGCCGGCGCCUCCUGCAAUGAAGCACCGGGAGAUGGAUGUUCCUCGGGGAUGGACUCACUGACACUUGAUGAAGCCCCUCUAAUCUUAUGAUGAAAUGCUCAAGUCACAUAGAAAAAAGGAAAAGGAAAAAAAUGAUAGACAAUGAUCAAAAGCAAAAUAUUGCUGAGAUUUUUCUUCUUUGGUUUUUCAGGAUUUCAGGGGUGAGAAUUUGGAAAAAGGAAAGGAAUAAAAGUUGUCUGGGAGGGAAAAGUAUAGAGUCUAUAAGGGUUAUCAUUAGGAAUGAUGAUGAUUUAGGUACGAUUAGUGGUUGGUGGGGGGCGGGGAUUGGCCUUUUGGAAAAGCGCUUGUAAUAAUGUUAGAGAUGUUAACAAAAGAGAGUUGCCCUGCUUACAUCUCUUUGUUUCCUCUCUUCUACCAGUACCAUUUUAGCUUUCAAUAAUUUCCCCUUAUUUUUUGUAUGGUCAAGAAAAUGUUUGUUGUGAAACUAAAAAUUGUUCCUUGAAAUUUGCCCCUUUGUUUAUGCA